GGUGUGUCAGCUCAACUGUCUGACUAGCUGACUAUUCUGCUACUGCACUGUCGACUGCACUGUUAUUUAGUAACCAUGGGGAGAAACUUCUACUUGUAUGCUGUCCUACUCACUCUCAAUGUGCUGGACCAGGGCCACAGUCAGUGCAAACGUCCACCAUUCUGGCUAUUUUCAUUGCCUGAAGAUAUAGAACCCUUCUUUCCUGACUUGUCUGAUCCAUUUAUUCUGGUUGAUAAUGGCACAGUGCUGGGUUUUGCCUUGAAUGAGAAUGUUGCUAGGUUGUUUGCUCUCGGACGUGAUAAAGUGGAGUUCCCAACUGUAUUUUGCAUCAACAGCAAAAUUUUUAAUGAGGUCAACUACACUGUGGAAGUGACUUCAUUUCAACCAGACAUUCUCACCAGCUACGUCACUCUUCCCACUAGUGGAGUGCUCUCCUCUAGACCCUUUCGUUUCCGGACUAUCUUCAAUUGUUCUACAUCGUCUAAUGGAGCGGCUCUUAUUGUUGUUAUCACCUUCAACAUUUUCACUAGCACUGAAGUGUUCUGCCCAACCAGUAUCUACGUUUCCAAGAACUGCGGAGCUCCAGGAACUCAGACUAUUUCCUUGGAUUUAGAAGAUGGAUAUCUCAAUCAGACUUUUUCAUUUAAAGAUCCGCCAACUGAAGAAAUUCCAGUGAUAAAAGUGAUUCUACCAACCACCAGCAAUCAGCUAGCAAUGAUUAUACCCGGAGUGUUAGUUCCGCUGUUUCUAGUGUUUGUCUGUGCAGUUUUGAUUGUUUUCACUCUUUGGGGACUCUGGUAUCGAAAGAAAAGAAAGCAGGUAGCAGAGUUUCACCCGGAGUCAGUGGGCCUUGCUUACCAAGGUGUCUACACACAAUGGAUUAAGAGGGGACCACACGAUAAGGAGCUACCUCGAAACAAAGUGCAUAUCAUUCGAGAGUUAGGAGAGGGUGCUUUUGGAGUGGUGUACCAGGCAGCAGCUGAGGGUAUUGAUGAUUCAGAUUCUACGGGAUUCACAAGUACAGACGUGGCCGUGAAACAACUCAGAGAAGGGAGCACUGAAGUUGAUGAUUUCUUUCGUGAAGUUGACUUCAUUUCGAAACUGGAGCAUCCAAAUAUCGUGAAAUUGGUCGGAGUUUGCAGUCUAGAGGAACCAUUUUGCAUGGUAUUUGAAUACAUGGACCUUGGUGAUCUCUGUGGCUUUCUGAGGCAAGCGAUUGGUUUGGGUGGUAGUCAGGAAAACUUGCAAGAUGGCAGUGAUGAAGAGCCUUUGCUAACUAAAGAGGAACUGUUUAGUAUUGCUGCUCAAGUUUCAGAAGGGAUGGUGUAUAUUUCUGAACUGGGGCUUGUGCAUAGGGACUUGGCAACUAGGAAUUGUCUUGUGGCAACAGGUCUUGUGGUAAAAAUUGGGGACUUUGGAAUGUCUCGAAAUGUCAACGACUCUGACUACUACAGAGUGAAGGGUAAUGCUCUACUGCCUGUACGAUGGAUGGCCCCUGAGUCUAUCCUGUAUGGCAAGUUCACCGUGGAAACAGAUGUAUGGGCGUAUGGUGUACUACUGUGGGAGAUAUUUACAUUUGGUCAACAUCCUUACAGCGGCCUGUCUAACGAAGAGGUGAUACAGCUAGUGCAGAAGGGAGGACACUCUGAACUUCCUGAGAACUGCCCCACUGAUAAACUCAUGCUCAAGUGUUGGGAUAAGAGCCCCAAGAAAAGACCAACAUUUGCCAAUAUCACUAUUGCCCUUCAGGAGCUAGCUAUUUGAGUUUUAUUUACAAUGGUUAUUUUUUACAAACAUAAUUUUUCUC